GGGCUCAGUCCGUCCGCCAUGCGCGCGCUGCUGCCGCUCCUGAGCGUCGGCCGAGGGUGGCGCGUGGGGGCCGCCGCCCGCCCUCCGCGUCGCGUCAUGUCCCUGUACCGCACGGAGGAGCGCGGCCGUCCCCCCUCGGAGAACUACCGCCUGUUCUUCAAGAAUGUAGCUGGCCACUACAUUUCCCCUUUCCACGAUAUCCCUCUGAAGGUGGAUUCUAAACAGGAAAAUGGCAUUCCCAGAAAGAAAGCACGAAAUGAUGAUGAAUUUAAGAAUUUGUUUAAUAUGGUUGUGGAAAUACCUCGGUGGACAAAUGCCAAAAUGGAGAUUGCCACUGAGGAGCCACUGAAUCCCAUUAAACAAGAUGUAAAGAAUGGACAGCUACGCUAUGUACCAAAUAUCUUCCCUCACAAGGGCUAUAUAUGGAAUUACGGGGCCCUCCCUCAGACCUGGGAAGACCCUUAUCAGAAAGAUAAGACCACAAACUGCUGUGGAGACAACGAUCCCAUUGACGUUUGUGAAAUAGGCUCAAAGGUUCUUCCUCGUGGAGAUGUGGUCCAUGUGAAGAUCCUUGGGAUAUUGGCACUUAUCGAUCAGGAUGCCACAGAUUGGAAAAUAAUUGCUAUUAAUGUGAAUGAUCCUGAGGCUGAUAAAUUUCAUGAUAUUGAUGAUGUUAAGAAGUUCAAACCAGGUUACCUGGAAGCCACUGUUGAUUGGUUGAUGCUAAAGAUACCGGAUGGAAAACCAGAAAACAAGUUUGCUUUUUAA